AUGUCAAUUGCAGAAACCGUACGACAGUGCAUCGGGGCUUUCGAUAACGCAACAGAUAUCUUCGGCGAAGAUGUUCUCCUUGACCAGCUGGGUAGAUUCCGCGCAUGGAUGGGAAAUGUUAGUGCCCACACUACAGGAAAGCGAUCACUACAGUACCGGUUACGCGAAUCAUACUACCUCAGUACUACAGUGAUUGGCUAUCUUACGGAUCUCUCGGCUGUUCUACGUGGCCAGGAGCGGCAAAACAUACAUGUCGGCAACAACGAAAGUGAUGGCAAUGGCAGUUACGACGAGGACGACCAGGACGACGAGGACGACGGAGCUUUGUUCGGGAUCUAUGAAAGUACUCCGACAGCCUCGAGAAGCGAGGCGAUUGAAGAGAUCAGCAGCAUCAUUACGUGCCUGAUGCGUGUGUCAAUGGCUCUCCGCAAUCCUGCUAAGGAUGACCAAGUGAGAUAUGCCCUCGACGUUAGCGUGGAACACUUCGAACCUCACGAUAUCGAGCAUGUUCGCACAAAAUUUCCACGUGUGGGAGACGAUGUCGUCCAGACCCUAACAUCAGCACUGGCGAGACAUCGAAGGUACUUCAAGUAUCGUGAAGACCAUCAUGAGAAGCUGAACGAAGGGAUCGACGAACGGCAGACGAAUGGCGAAGAGCGCCCCAGUACCGUUGCAACUUCCUUGGUGCUGAAGGAAAAGGUAGUGUCCGGCCUCAAUACAUUCAACGACACAGGCUCCAUAUGCACUGCUACUUCAUACGCCACGACUCGAGCCGGAGCGUCACAUCUCAGCGUUCCGCCCCUGCCAGACGCCGGAGCUGAAGGCGAACCAUUUGAAUGCCCAAUCUGCUUCCAUGUGAUCGAAGCUCCCGAUGAGCGUUCCUGGAGGCGUCAUGUCUACGAGGAUCUUCCUCCAUACGUCUGCAUCACUUCCGACUGCGGUUCCCGCGGACGCCAGUUUGCACGUCGAAGAGAUUGGCGCCGUCAUUUGAAGGAGCAUGACACGUGCUGGGUGUGCCCUUUCGACUGCUCAGAUGCUUUUAACGACCCAGGCUCUUUUAAGAAGCACUUGAAAGCCGUCCACCUGCACGACAAAUGUGAUUAUGCGGCGGAAAAUCUACUGAGCUCGUCGGCACGGAUAGGGCAAGGCCCUGAGUGUGUUCGGUGUCCUUUGUGCUUUGAAGGCAAGCAAGAUGCGAAGACUUAUUAUAAGCAUUUGGGUCAUCACAUGGAGCAGCUGGCAUUGUUUGCGCUCCCAAGUCGACUUUACGGCGACGCAGAAGAGAGUGACUCUGCGCCAGGCGAGUCCGAUGUUGCUCUGAACGUAGCUUCUGUGCCCAUAUCAUCACCAGAGCCGGCCUCGGACGGCAACUUCUCUCCCUCGGGCAGAUUCGAACCGGACACUGAAGUACUUGGCUUUGGCCCAGGAACGAGAGAUGGUUCAUAUGCGGCCUCUGAAGUGGCUCCAUUCAAUUCCGAUGAGCUUUCUCAUCCAGUUGAGCCAGUAGCCAAGGGAGAGCCUCCAUAUCUCGAUCAAGAUCAAGAUCAAGCUUCGCGAGCCGAGCCACUUGACCGAAGAUCGUUUCACCCUCGUCCAUCACCGGAACGAGAAGCUGACUACCCACCCACGAAGAGUGGGCAUGACUCCAUCUUGGGUCUACCCGAUUGA